AUGGCCUCCUCCCCCGCCUGCACCGCCCUCCUCACCGAGCACCUCCGCUGCACGCCCCUCACCAUCAUCGACGACAUCAUCAACACCACCAACGAGCUCCUCUACCACUCCGUCGCCGCCGUCGAAACCUACCUCCUCACCUCCGCGCCCUCCAGCCUCGGCUUCCUCCCUCCCCCGGGCACAAUCCGCGACACAAACAGCGACGGCACCGAGCUCUACAGCGACGCCGAGACCGAGGAGCUCGAGAAGGGCAUCCACUCGCUCGAGACCCUUCUCGAGAGCGCCGUCGAUAGGAGCUUUGACAGGUUCGAGAUCUAUGUCCUGCGCAAUAUCCUCACGGUCCCGGAGGACCUUGUGCCGUGGGUGAGGCUGGCGCACCAUAAGAACCUCGACUUCAAGACCCUCCCCGCGUCCACCGCCACCUCCACCACCACCACCCCCACCCCACCCCCACCCCCGCGCCGCCAGCACAAGAAGCACAAACGCGCCUACGCACGCUCCGCCAGACACUCCUCGCAUCCCAUGCGCUCAACCAGACGCUCCGCAAAGAGCGGCGAGAACCCGUUUUCGUUCGUCACGCCGACUAGGGACGCGGCGGCGUUUGCCGUCUCGCAGGUCGACCUCAUACGGCAGUUGGUGGGCGCGCUGAGGACAAAGUAUGAUGCGUUCCGGGCGUCGCAGGAGGCGCAGGGGGUGAAGAUGGAGGUGGAUGGGGAGGGGGAAAGUGGGGGGGUGGGAGGGGUGGUAAAGCUGACGCCAGAGGAGGAGAGGAAGCGCUAUAUCGAGCAGAUGACGAGGAGGCAUAUCGAGGCGUCGCGGGGCCUGCGGCUGAAUGCGAGGGGCGAGGUGGUCGGGGGUGAGUUUGAUGGGGCGGUGGUGAGGAAGGGGUUGGCGGAGGUGGAGGCGCUGGAGGCCGUGUUUGGGAAGAAGUAG